GCUUCAGAAGUUAGAAUAUUGUUUAUCGACAAUAUUAUGAAGUACGUUUCAAAACCAAAACCACAAGACUUGUACAUUCUCGUUUUGAUUUCACCCACAACAAGAUGUCUGUUGUAAACGUUUUGGUAUUGUUGUUGAGCAUAAUCGUUCUCAGCAAACGGUGUGCAUCUUUAAACAAGAAUAAUGAUUUAUUGGACAAUGUAAACGUAUCAGCAGGUGCCACGAAAACAGAGAAUAACGGUUUUUGGGAUCCUUUAAACCUGCCAAAAAGCUUUGACGCCCGAGCAAAAUGGUACAUGUGUCCGUCCAUUGGAAUGGUAUACGACCAGGGUAACUGCAAGUCGAGCUACGCUAUUUCCGUGGCGUCAGCCGUAAGUGACCGGAUAUGCAUCCAUUCAAAUGGAACAGUAAAACCAAAACUGUCGGCACAGCAGAUAUUGUCCUGCUGCUACCUGUGUGGAGAUGGCUGUUCGGGCGGCCAACAUUUCGAAUCUUGGGACUUCUACAGAAGACACGGAUUGGUUUCCGGAGGUGAAUACGGUUCGAACGAGGGGUGUCAACCAUACACGAUUGAACCAUGCCAACAUACGGAAACUGCAGUAGAAAACGCAUGCUCGAAUAAGACACUAUUCACUCCUGAGUGCAAAGUUCAAUGUUAUAAUCCCGACUAUGGGACGAGAUACGUGAAAGACAAUCAUCAAGGAACGCAUUAUCGUGUCCCAGCAUAUACGGCGAUGAAAGAAAUUUACGAAAACGGUCCGAUAACGGCGUCGUUUUACAUGUACCAAGACUUUGUUAACUAUCAAUCAGGUGUUUACGCAUACAAUUCUGGAAAAUACGUUACCACUCAAGCGGUUAAAAUUCUAGGCUGGGGAGAAGAGAACGGCACGCCGUACUGGUUGGCAGCCAACUCGUUUAACACGUACUGGGGUGAUAACGGAUUUGUCAAAAUUUUACGAGGUGCCAACGAAUGCUAUAUAGAAGAAUUUAUGUACGCUGGAUUACCAUUGUGAUUUAUACGUCAGUUGUCAGGAUGGGAUAAUUACCUGACGUUUUUCUUCUCUUUUGUAUCAAAGAAUUGCAUUGUUAUUUAAUAUUAUCUAAUAUUAUAUUGUUAAAUAAAUAUAAAAUUAAAAGGAAAAUAAA